GUGUGUGUGUGUGUGUGUGUGUGCGCGCGCGUGUGUCUAGCUCUCGCUCUUUCCCUCAGUCUGUGCCUCUGUGUGUGUGUGUGUGUGAGUGUGUGUGUGACAGAGAGAGAGAGAGAGCGCGAGAGGAGAGCGAGAGAGCGAGCUGCGAGCUGUGCUGCCGCCGCCGCUGCCCUUUGAUCCCGACAUUAGUGUUAGGGGCUCGGAGACACAGCGCGCGGCCAUAGACACCGCCGCACCGGCGCUCAUUUAUUUAUACCUCCCAUCACACGCGAGCACAGGACACACACACACUCACACCUAUUAGAUCCGUUUCCAUUGAAGAAUAUUACGCUCGGGGACAAGCCAGGUGCACGACCAAAAAAUUAAAAAAAAAAAAAAAAGGAAAAAAAAAAAGAAAGAAAGAAAGGAAAGGAAAGAAGAAAACCCCUCUUCUGGCUCCAGGAAACAAGCUUCAACCCAUUGCACACACCGGAGAGAAGGGGUUUCCCCCUGCCCGCCCCCCAACUACCUCUCGGCUCCUGCCAGUGUCUGCCUGUCUGCCCCCACGGGGGUUUAUUUGAUCUCACAUUAACCAAGGAGGAGAAUGUGAGAAAAGGGGGAAAAUGCCCAGGAGGAAGCAGGAGCAGCCCAAGCGCCUUCCCUCACAUGUUAGUAGGCAGGACGAGGCGGAGGGAGAUUUCAGCGAAGGAGAACAGUGGUAUGGGAACUCCUCUGAGACUCCGUCAGAAGCAUCCUAUGGGGAAGUCCAAGAGAACUAUAAGCUGUCCCUGGAGGACCGGAUCCAAGAGCAGUCCACAUCCCCCGACACCUCCCUGGGCAGUGCCACCCCCAGCAGCCACACACUGGAGCUGGUGGCACUUGAUAGUGAGGUUCUCCGAGACUCUCUGCAGUGUCAAGGCCACCUUUCACCCGGAGUGUCCUCUGUGUGCGACGAUGACCAGCCUAGUUCCAAUAAACCUCUGAGCAGCAACUUGCGGAGGCUGCUGGAGGCCGGGUCCCUCAAACUCGAUGGCACAGCCAACGGCAGGGUGGAGUCCCCCGUGAAUGUUGGCCCCAGUCUGUCAUUUUCCCCACCGUCCCACCAUGCCCAGCAGCUCAGUGUCCUGGCCAGGAAGCUGGCAGAGAAGCAGGAUCAGAGUGACCAAUACACCCCAAGUAACCGUUUCAUAUGGAAUCAAGGUAAGUGGUUGCCGAACUCAACCACCACCUGUGGCCUGUCCCCCGAUUCCGCCAUCCUCAAACUGAAAGCUGCAGCCAACGCUGUUCUGCAGGACAAGUCUCUGUCCAGGACGGAGGAGAGCCUGAGGUUUGAGUCCUUUACCUCCCCGUUCAGCUCGCAGUCCGCCAGCUCCACCUUGGCGGCUUUGUCUAAGAAAGUGAGCGAGAGAAGUCUGACUCCCGGUCAGGAGCACCCGCCUCCUGCCAGCUCUUUCCUGUCUCUGGCCUCCAUGACCUCCUCCGCAGCCCUUCUGAAAGAAGUGGCUGCCAGGGCUGCGGGUAGCCUUCUGGCCGAGAAGUCAUCUUUGUUGCCUGAUGACCCUCUACCACUGCCGCCUUCUGAGAAGAAGCCAGAAAAAGUCACCCCGCCCCCUCCCCCACCACCUCCGCCAGCGCAGCCUCAGUCCUUGGAAUUAUUGCUACUUCCAGUUUCCAAGGGAAGAGUCUCCAAGCCCUCCAGUUCAGCCCCAGAAGAAGAAAGCGGGAAGCCAUUCCAAUGUCCAAUAUGUGGCUUGGUUAUAAAAAGGAAGAGUUACUGGAAGCGGCAUAUGGUGAUUCACACAGGCUUAAAAAGUCAUCAGUGUCCACUCUGUCCGUUCCGGUGUGCUCGCAAGGACAAUCUCAAAUCCCACAUGAAGGUUCAUCAGCAUCAGGACCGGGGAGAGACUUUUCAGUGCCAGCUGUGCCCUUUCACAUCCUCACGCCACUUCAGCCUGAAACUGCACAUGCGUUGCCAUCAGCACUUCCUGAGGACAGAGGCCAAGGUGAAGGAGGAGAUCCCAGACCCAGAUGUCAAGGGAUCUCCCCACCUCAGUGACAGUGGCUGCCUGGGGCAGCAGAGGGAAGGAGGAGGGACAGAGCUAGUGGGGACCGUGAUGACGUCUAACACGCCAGAGAGGACUGGCCAGGGUGGGGCUGGCGUUGCACCUUUGCUGGUGAAGGAGGAGCCCAAGGAAGAUAACGGCCUGCCUACCUCCUUUACCCUGAAUGCUGCCGACAGGCCCGCCAACCACACAAAGCUGAAAGAGCCCUCCGAGUAUGUGUCCAACAGUGCAGCAGUAUUGUUCAGCCAGGACAUCUCGGUUAAGAUGGCCUCCGAUUUUCUCAUGAAGCUGUCAGCUGCAAACCAGAAGGAGCCUAUGAAUCUUAAUUUUAAAGUGAAGGAGGAGCCCAAGGAAGAGGAAUCCCUAAGCAUGCCUUUGCCUCGCUCCAGCUACGUGUUCAGCCCGGAACCGGAAGUGUCGACCCCUAGCAUCUCCGAGGACCCACUUACACCGCAGGAAGGCAAGGGGAAUGUGUUAAGGCGGGACAUGUCGGCCAAGGCCGCCUCAGAACUUCUCAUGAAACUCUCAGCGGAAAGCUACAAGGAGACACGGGCAGUGACAGUUAAAGAAGAGCCCAUGGAGGUGGACAUCCAGGACUCCUCGGCCUCCACAUCACCCAGCCGGAACGUGGGCUACAGCACUUUAAUGGGGCGAGAGAAAACUGAACCCCUACAGAAGCUUCCGGAAGGUCGAGUUCCCCCAGAGAGAAAUCUCUUCAGCCAGGACAUCUCCGUGAAGAUGGCUUCUGAGCUGCUUUUUCAACUCUCAGAAAAAGUGAGCAAAGAACACAAUCACACGAAGGAAAACACCAUGCGGACAACCACCAGCCCUUUCUUUUCAGAAGACACAUUUAGACAAUCACCAUUCACCUCCAAUUCAAAAGAUCUGCUGCCUGGUGAAUCUGCGCUACACGGAGUGUCUGCUCCAGAGACAGAGAAGAUCGUCCUUGAGGCAGGAAACGGACUGCCAUCCUGGAAGUUCAAUGACCAGCUCUUCCCUUGCGAUGUGUGUGGGAAAGUGUUUGGCCGACAGCAGACGUUGUCUCGGCACCUCUCUUUGCACACAGUUUUGGUUUCUCCCCCAGAGGAAAGAAAGUACAAAUGCCACUUGUGCCCCUAUGCUGCUAAGUGCCGUGCGAACCUGAACCAGCACCUGACCGUGCACUCUGUGAAGCUGGUGAGCACCGACACUGAGGACAUAGUCAGUGCUGUCACUUCUGAAGGCAGUGACGGGAAGAAACACCCUUAUUACUACAGUUGCCACGUAUGUGGAUUUGAAACCGAGCUCAACGUUCAGUUUGUAAGCCACAUGUCUCUCCAUGUGGACAAGGAGCAGUGGAUGUUUUCCAUCUGCUGCACGGCCUGCGACUUUGUCACCAUGGAGGAAGCAGAGAUGAAGACCCACAUUGGCACCAAGCACACAGGGGAUGAUAGGAAGACCCCCAGUGAAUCAAACAGCCCCUCCUCAUCCUCGCUGUCAACUCUGAGUGAUUCAGCCAAUGGCAAAGAUGACUCAGACAGCUCCCAGAAAAACAAGGGCGGGAACAACUUGCUGGUCAUCUCUGUGGUGCCCGGGAACCAGCCCUCACUGAACAACGAGGAAAAGCCAGAGAAAGGGUUCGAAUGCGUUUUUUGCAACUUUGUCUGCAAGACGAAGAAUAUGUUUGAGCGCCAUCUGCAAAUCCACCUCAUCACCCGGAUGUUUGAGUGUGAUGUGUGCCACAAGUUCAUGAAGACCCCCGAACAGCUGCUGGAGCAUAAGAAAUGCCACACUGUCCCCACCGGUGGGCUCAACUCAGGACAGUGGUGAGUGUCAGACUCCUCUAGGUGCCCAUUCUGCAUUUAUUCCACCAACCGCCCUGCUGCCAUGGAGUGCCACCUCAAGACCCACUACAAGAUGGAGUACAAGUGCCGGAUCUGCCAGACAGUGAAGGCCAACCAGCUGGAGCUGGAGACGCACACCCGCGAGCAUCGCCUGGGCAACCACUACAAGUGUGAGCAGUGCGGCUACCUGUCUAAGACGGCCAACAAGCUCAUCGAGCACGUGCGAGUGCACACCGGGGAGCGGCCCUUCCACUGUGACCAGUGCAGCUACAGCUGCAAGCGCAAGGACAAUCUCAAUCUGCACAAGAAGCUGAAGCAUGCCCCCCGCCAGACCUUCAGCUGCGGAGAGUGCCUGUUCAAGACCACACACCCUUUUGUCUUCAGCCGCCAUGUGAAGAAGCACCAGAGUGGAGACGGCCCCGAGGAGGACAAGAAAGGCCUGAGUCCAGCCUCCAGAGAGCCAGCUGGCCCUGGAGCGCCACUCCUGGUUGUGGGGGGUGGCCGGAGUCUCUUGUCCCCACUGUCAGUCAUGUCUGCCUCUCAGGCUCUGCAGACCGUGGCCCUGUCAGCAGCCCAUAGCAGCAGCUCAGAGCCCAACCUGGCACUCAAGGCCUUGGCCUUCAGUGGCUCCCCGCUGCAUCUUGACAAAUACCGGAACUCAGAUGUUGCCCAUCUCAUUCCCUUAACAAUGUUGUAUCCCAGAAACCACCUGGAUUUCACAUUCCACCCUCCCCGACCUCAGACUGCGCCUCCCAGCAUCCCUUCACCCAAACACUCCUUCCUUGCCUAUCUUGGACUAAGAGAAAGAGCAGAGACUGUCUGAGGACAGCCACGUUCUGUACCAAAAACCAAGAGACAGAGACAGGAAAAGACAAAAACCCACAAAACUUAAAACACAACCCCAGCAGGUGUAUGUUGCUGCAAAACCUUCAGGCCCCAGGGGUCUGGACCAUGUGUACUGUAUAUCUUUAGUAAGGAAUAGAAAAUUGGCUCUGUAUGUAUACCUAUUGCAUUGACCUAAAAGCUGCUUUAUCCAAUCUUCAGAGAGGUGAUCUGCUGCCUACGUCUACCUUCAGAGGCAUGCCUCCCCAGCCAUCACUCCCACUUCAGCUCUCCUCCGUACUUCUCUCUGAAAGGAAUUUGUCAUGUUACACCCUAAAGAGAGUGUCCUUAAUAGCAAUGAGCACUCAGAAGCUUCUCUACUGGUACAUUGGGUUUUCUGUUGGAUGAGUGGGGUCUUGUGGGCAUUUGUGGAUUGGGAAAGAAAAAGUGUGUGUGUGUGUGUGUGUGUGUGGUGUGGUAUGGUGUGUGUGGUGUGGUGUGGUAUGGUGUGUGUGUGUGUGUGUGUGUGUGUGUGUGUGUGUGUGGUAUGGUGUGCGUAUGUGUGUGUGUGUGUGUGUGUGUGUGUGUGUGUGUGUGCCAUGACAUUUCUAUUGCACAUUCUUUUUAUACUGGCCUCUUUGACAGUGAUGAACAGUCUCGACUUCCCAUCCAGAUUGUUCAUCAACUACUUUCUCCCCACAUCCACCACUGCCUUUCCUUCUCUAUUUUAUGGCUACAGAGUGGUAGGGCCUGGUGCUCAGUGGAUGAAGAUAUGCAGGGUGCCAGGAUAUUUCCAAUAGAGUGCUCAAAGCCCGGACUUCAGAUCUCUACUUACGAAGAUGGAUAGAGUCAGGUGACAGAUCUCUUAAGAAAUGCCUCAAAACUCCAUAGCUGACAUCACAAAACCUGUGUGUUCUGUGUGUGUGCCCACGUGGAUCACACACAACACACACACACACAUACUCACACACACAAAGGAGUACAUCCUCUUUAAAGGGCAGAACAUGUGUGUGCGUGAUAUAUUGAUUCAGUUGUUAUCGUUGUUUGCAGGAAAAAAUUGUAUGAGUGGAAAUGUUUAUGAUUGAUAAAUCCAGCCAAGGAGAUUAAAGGGGUUUGGAUCGAUUCUGGGCGUAAAUGCUCAGACUAAAAAGAAACGGCAGCUUUGCACAGUGCGCUGGCCUUGCACUAGUUUGUUUCUCAUUGGGGGAAAAGGAAUAAGUAAAAGAAAAGGAAGGAAAUGUACCUUCUUUAUGGAAUGAGUAGACUGUAUGUUUGACAUUUUAGCUGCGACCUCUUUGACGUACAAGGAAGGACAGAACAAAAAGGUGCUGCUUAGUCCUGUGCCUCAGACGAUGCCCCAGGAUGCCCCAGUGUGCAGAGCCUCUGGCUAGAGUGUACCCUCCAUGUAUUAGUAACCCCGUAUUCCAUUUUGUUAACGCCUAGCAGAUAUAACCUGCUAGGAGCUGACUUUAUACUUAUUUAAAGCUCUUAUUUUAUGGUCAUUAAAAUGGCAGUUUCUGUGCAGCACUUUAUUGCGGCAGGAGAAGGUAUGAUUCAGUUGUGUAGCCCUUUGCUCAUCUUUAAAACGUAAUGGAUGGUUUAAAAAGGAAAAGAAAAUCUUUGGCUGAAUAUGUUCACUGCUUGGAUUUGUAAAACAGCAGAAUUUCCAGUAUGCAACAGGCUGGAGGAGCGGGAAGAAAUGUACUUUGUAUAAAAAUGGGAAGUUUGGAAUAUGAAAGGUUCUAUUUUAUUUAUCAGCGGAAGAACUGGUGUCCAGGAGGAAUGCUGUUUUCCCACACAAUACAAUCCUCGAUAAUACCCACCUUUCUUAUUGUUACUUAAACCAGGGGGAAAUAAAAGCAUCCCCGGUGUUCUUCCUCUAGUCGCUCACGAUUGCUUCCCUGAGUGAAUGCAGUCAGACUGGAAGCCAGAACCUGAACAGUCCACAUCAUUCACUCCUUACACCCCCUCAGCCUCCCUCUCCAAACCUAGCAGGUCCCUGCUUCCCUCCCCACCCGCCAUCCAACCGAGGAUGAGGAGCCUGGCUAGGGCCCUGGCAAACAAGUUUACACUACAGAGAUGUCCACAAAGCAGGGAGACCAAUCGGCUAAGCCGGAAAGUCCCCACAGCCUCAUUUUCCAGCAGAGACCUUUGAUCUUGGCCUUGUUUAACCCGAUGUCCAACUCAUGUCAAUAUCUCAGUAGAAGACACUAUAGACACUUCCGGACAAUGUGCCCCAAGGUCACUGGGUUUGUGGGUGGGUUUGUUGUUUUUUAUUUGCUUUUGCUUUUUUGUUUCAAAGUUAUGUCUUUAUCCCCAUUUAAUGGAGAAUGUGCCACUUGGCUAAUAAUGUGUUUUCAAAACUGCAGGUUCAGUGAUAAGGGAGAGGGGAUCAUAGUGAUACCCCGCCCCCCCAAGAGGUUGGCAGAAAGGUGACUCACAGAAGCACCAGCAGGUUAAGAACCUGAAUGGGUGUCCCUGAUCACGAGGACCCUGGGUUUUACAGCAUGUCACUUGUGCAAUAAGAGGUCUUCGGGUGGGAACGUGAGAGAAUGAGGGAGCUGGGCGGAGACGUUUACUGCUCAAAUGCCAUGCAUUUCACUGCUUGCCACUGAACCUGUAUUUGAAUGACUUAGUAAUGCUUAAUGUAAUUGGGCAACUUUUUUAGCACUUUGGAAAAGAGUCAUCAAUCUUUCUGGUAAAUUAUAAAAAGUUUUCUGAGUGAGAAAACGUGUGUUUGCAGUUUGUUUGACUUUUUAUAUUAUUGUUGUUGUUAUUAAUAAAAAAGAAAAUCUACAGCA